AAAAUGGCAGAGGUCAGCCAGCGGCUCGGGACUGGAGCCUACCGACUGGUGACCGGCCAAGCUCGCCCGCUGCGUCCCAUAAGACCCAGCGGACUUCUCCCAAUAAACGACACCUGUAUCCAGGGACACUAUACCGAAGAAUGUGUCCAGCUAUUAAAAGGAAGCGCACCUCAGCGCAGUUCUGAGAAAAUUUACAGAGACCCCAGAAAGAGCCAAACAGCCACCAAAACAAACCUGCUGAUCCCGACCGGACGCCUUCAGGAGAAGCUGUUCUCAUGCGUGAAGCCCAUCUGGACCAGUGGGGCUGUUUCAAGCCACCCCGACACCCGGUGGUCCCCUCAGCAGCUCAGAACCUUCUGCACUAUCCUCCUCAUCCUCGCAGAUGACAGAUCAGGGAGCGGAGCUUCACUGACACACCUGAAGGUUCUACCUGGUGUCUAUAAAGCCUCUGCAGCAGCUAGAAGUUACAGCAGGUGGUCAGAGGAGGCUCCUCUGCUGCACAGGAGUAAAACCGCCUAUUACGACAUCCUCAGAGUGUCCCCCAGUGCUACACAGUCACAGAUCAAGACGGCCUACUACAAGCAGUCCUUCAUAUACCACCCUGACAAGAACCUGGGCAGCAAGGAAGCCACGCAGCGCUUCGCCGAGAUCAGCGAGGCUUACACCGUCCUAAGCAACAUCAGUCUGAGGAGGAAGUAUGACCGAGGCAUCCUGAGCCAGUCUGACCUGCAGAGCCCAGAGAAGCCGUCCUCCAAAGACGCAUCGAGCAGAACCACAAGCUCCCAGCAGCAGCAUUAUCGUCAGCAGAGAGCCAGGCCGUUCUCCCAAACCGGCGGUCGGCCCAUGUUUGAUUUUGACGCCUUUUUCCAGGCUCACUACGGAGAGCAGCUUCAGAGGGAGAGGGACCUAAGAGUCAAGAGGAAGCAGAUGGAGGAAGAGCAGAAGAAGAGGCUGAAAGAGUACCGUCAGGAGAAGAUGCGGGAGCUCACUGUGUUGAUGCUGGCGGCCUUGUCAGCGAUGAUCUUAAUCGGUCUGUUAAAUUCUUGACCUGGCAGCAGCAGCAGACAGUGGCUGAUGUUUCUCGGACAUCUUGACACCUUAAAGUGUUAGUUUUUUUUCUCCAAAUGAGGCCUAAAGAUGAAAAAGAGGGUUGGCUCUUUUUAAUGGUGAAUGAUGCUCAAGCUUUUUUCCCCCCUUUGCACUGAAUGUGUAACAGGAAAAUAAAUGCAUAUUAUAUGUAAAGAGCAAAUGUAAACAUCUGCUGGUUUCUGUAAAUUUAAAUAAAUCUAUGUACUGUACCGAAA